CCAAGUCCCCAAGCCAUGAGGACAACACCACCACUCCCUCUGCUAGUCCUCUCCCUAUCACUCUUAGCCCUUCGCUGCCUCUGCCCUUCUCAAGGAUCCACCCUCAGUUGUGGCUCCUCCAACAAUGAAGGCUCCACUCUUGAAGUCAUGCAUGUCUACAGCCCUUGCUCACCUUUCCGCCCCAAGAAAGCCCUCUCUUGGGAACAAUCUAUCCUUGACUUGGCUGCAAAAGACGAUGCCCGUCUUCUCUAUCUAUCUAGCCUCGUCGCUCGUAGAUCAAUUGUUCCGAUUGCCUCCGGCCGGCAGGUUAUCCAGAGCCCAACCUACAUUGUCCGGGUCAGAUUUGGCACACCGGCCCAGCCCAUGUUUAUGGCCUUGGAUACCAGCAGUGAUGUUGCUUGGAUCCCCUGCACCGGCUGUGUAGGAUGCUCUUCCGUCGUCUUCAAUCCCACCAAGUCAACAACUUAUAAGCCAGUCGGGUGCUCCGCCCCGCAAUGCACGCAGGUCCCAAACCCGACUUGCGAUGGUGCCGCCUGCUCAUUCAAUCUAACCUACGGCUCCUCCACCGUCGCCGCCACCAUAUCACAAGACAGGCUAGUCCUUGCCACCGAUCCUAUCCCCAACUACGCCUUCGGUUGCAUUAAAGCAGCUACCGGAAACUCGGUACCCCCUCAGGGCUUACUCGGACUUGGUCGGGGCCCCAUGUCACUUCUCUCCCAAUCCCAGUCCCUCUACCAGUCAACCUUCUCCUACUGCUUGCCCGACUUCCGGUCCGCUAAUUUCUCCGGUUCACUCCGGCUCGGACCAGUAGCUCAACCAAUACGAAUCAAAUUCACCCCACUCCUCACUAACCCAAGAAGGUCCUCCCUCUACUAUGUCAACAUGAACGGAAUCAGCGUCGGUCGCCGGCUAGUCAACAUCCCGCCGAGCGCACUAGCUUUCAAUCCAACAACCGGUGCCGGAACCAUAUUCGACUCGGGCACGGUCUUCACUCGGUUGGUCCAACCAGCCUACAUUGCCGUAAGAGACGAGUUCCGGCGGAGGAUCAAGGCCGGACCGGUGUCAUCGUUGGGUGGGUUCGAUACCUGUUAUAUGCAGACGGUGGUGUCGCCGACCAUAACGCUGCAUUUUACGGGGAUGAACGUGACUUUGCCGCAGGAGAACUUUUUGAUACAUAGUACGGCAGGGAGUAUAACAUGCUUGGCCAUGGCAGCUUCGCCGGAUAAUGUGAAUUCGGUGCUGAAUGUGAUAGCGAACAUGCAGCAGCAGAAUCACAGGUUGCUUUACGAUGUGCCAAACUCGAGGUUGGGUGUGGCACGUGAACCCUGUACUCAUUAAGAGAGAGAGAGACUGUGAAGCUUGUGAGCAUUUGUUGUUGUUUGU